AUGGUGCUGGGUGCCAUCCUGGCACGAGGGCGGGAUGUGUGCAGGCGGAAUGGACUGCUCAUCCUGUCUGUGCUCUCUGUCACCGUGGGCUGCCUCCUCGGCUUCUUCCUGAGGACCCGGCACCUCUCACCACAGGAAAUUAGUUACUUCCAGUUUCCGGGAGAGCUCUUGAUGAGGAUGUUGAAGAUGCUGAUCCUACCACUGGUGGUCUCCAGCUUGAUGUCCGGCCUCGCCUCCCUGGAUGCCAAGACCUCCAGCCGCCUGGGCAUCCUCACUGUAGCAUACUACCUGUGGACCACCUUCGUGGCAGUCAUCGUGGGCAUCGUCAUGGUCUCCAUCAUCCACCCGGGCAGUGCGGCCCAGAAGGAGACGACGGAGCAUAGUGGGAAGCCCAUCAUGAGCUCAGCAGACCCCCUGCUGGACCUCAUUCGGAACAUGUUCCCAGCCAACCUGGUGGAAGCCACAUUCAAACAGUACCGCACCAAGACCACCCCCGUUGUGAAGUCCCCCAAGGUGGCACCGGAGGAGGCCCCUCCUCGGCGGAUCCUCAUCUAUGGGGUCCAGGAGGAGAAUGGCUCUCGUGUGCAGAACUUCGCCCUGGACCUGACCCCACCGCCCGAGGUCGUUUACAAGUCAGAGCCUGGCACCAGCGACGGCAUGAAUGUGCUGGGCAUUGUCAUCUUCUCUGCCACCAUGGGCAUCAUGCUGGGCCGUAUGGGUGACAGCGGGGCCCCCCUGGUCAGCUUCUGCCAGUGCCUCAAUGAGUCCGUCAUGAAGAUCGUGGCAGUGGCUGUGUGGUACUUCCCCUUUGGCAUCGUGUUCCUCAUCGCUGGCAAGAUCCUAGAGAUGGACAACCCCACGACCGUGGGAAAGAAGCUGGGCUUCUACGCUGUCACCGUGGUGUGCGGGCUGGUGGUGCAUGGCCUCUUCAUCCUGCCCCUGCUCUACUUCUUCAUCACCAAAAAGAACCCCAUCGUCUUCAUCCGCGGCAUUCUCCAGGCCCUGCUCAUCGCGCUGGCCACCUCCUCCAGCUCAGCCACACUGCCAAUCACCUUCAAGUGCCUGCUGGAGAACAACCACAUCGACCGGCGCAUUGCCCGCUUCGUGCUGCCCGUGGGCGCCACCAUCAACAUGGAUGGCACCGCACUCUACGAGGCUGUGGCCGCCAUCUUCAUUGCCCAGGUCAACAACUAUGAGCUGGACUUCGGCCAGAUCAUCACCAUCAGCAUCACAGCCACCGCAGCCAGCAUCGGGGCAGCUGGCAUCCCCCAGGCCGGGCUCGUCACCAUGGUCAUCGUGCUCACCUCCGUGGGACUUCCCACUGAUGACAUCACCCUCAUCAUCGCUGUCGACUGGGCUCUGGACCGUUUCCGCACCAUGAUUAACGUGCUGGGUGAUGCACUGGCCGCCGGGAUCAUGGCUCAUGUCUGCCGGAAGGACUUCGCUCAGGACACGGGCACCGAGAAACUGCCGCCCUGCGAGACCAAGCCAGUGAGCCUCCAGGAGAUCGUGGCGACCCAGCAGAAUGGCUGCGUGAAGAGCGUGGCUGAGGCCUCAGAGCUGACCCUGGGCCCCACCUGUCCCCACCACGUCCCCAUCCAGGUGGAGCAGGAUGAACAGCCAGCUGCUGCCAGUCUGGACCACUGCACCAUUGAGAUCAGUGAGCUUGAGACCAACGUCUGAGCCUGCGGAGCUGUAGGGGCCGGGGAGUGGGGGCGGCUCUCAGCUCACGACUUCGCUGAGCACAGGGGCCAGGCUCCCACUAUCUCCCCCACCACCUUGAGAGACCGGAAUGAGACCCGCUUGAUGGAAAGGGGGGGUCUCAGAAAGGGGAAAGAC